UCUAUCAAACGGGGUUUUCAAUCCACACCCAUAGGGAGCUUGUGUACACCAUCGCGAUUAUUUCGGAAAUUAUUUGACAAUGCCAGGCGGUCUCAAUUACGAGUCCGGCGAGCCGAUUGUCAAGUCGAAAGGGACGCCGGGAUCGGUGAAAUGUGUAGUACUCGUGAUUACCCUGUUCAUCAUCGCUGCUCUUGUCGCGAUAGCGAUGCACAUCUAUAACAUAGAACUUGCCAGACAAGGUGGUAGCAUCAUGGUAACUGAGAAUGUGACAACACAAGCAACAGAAGCAACAGAAGCAACUCCAGAGCCAUGUAUGAUGCCCGAGGAAGCUUUUACUGAGCAAAUCGAACUCGAGGUGGGUGAAGUCCUUGAAGUGACGUCACCGUGUUUCCCCUCCGAGGAUGACAUCCCUCGUGGUAUCACCAUGGUGUUCAAUGCUUCAGAAGGGUACAGGAUCAAGAUAAGCUUCAAAGAGUUCAGAUUCGAUGAAGGUGGACUCAACAGGAUCUGGGUCGGUAACGGCGAUGCGCCCCCAUCAUCCGAAGGCUUCAUCCAAUUCUUCGAUGGCUACGCCCUCCCACCUGAUCUCGUGUCCAGUGGCAAUGUGAUGUGGCUGGAAAUGUACGCUCCUUUCCCUUGGAUGAACGGUGCACUGAAAGCCGAGGUUUCUGCCGUCACUGAUCAAGAUGUCCAGAUGAACUGCUCCGGUACAUCCCAACCGUGUCGCUAUGCUCUUAAGUGUUUCACCGAGGAAGAAAAAUGUAACGGAGGCAACGAAUGCCCAAGUGGGACUGAUGAAAUGGAAUGUGAUUGUCUCUACGCUCGGGAUUUCAAAUGUGCGGACGGUCAAUGCAUUCCGCGGGCUAGCCUAUGUAACGAAUUUCCAUCGUGUGAUAACGAUAAUGUCAACUGCACCUUCGCGUGUCCUCAGGGAUUCAAUAUAUCCACGGAGUUUGUUUGCGAUAGCGUCAAUGAUUGUGGAGACCACGCAGAUGAACAGAAUUGUCCGUGUGACAACGAAAACCGAUACCUGUGCGAUAGUGGGGAGUGUAUCUAUCUGUACAAUGUUUGUGAUGACUUCGAACAUUGCAGUGAUGGCUCCGACGAAGCUAAGUGCGUUUGUCAAAGCUGGGAGGUCACAUGUCGGAACGAUAAUACCACAUGCAAGCCGUGGUGGACUAGAUGUGAUGGAGUCGACGAUUGUGGUGAUAAUAGUGAUGAAGAAGACUGUCGAGUGUGUGGUGAUAACUACUUUGACUGUGGCAAUCAGCAGUGUUUGCAAGCCUACAAGCGGUGUGAUGGAUCGCCGGAUUGUUACGACGGACAAGACGAAGAAAAUUGCACUGCUCCAGAGCCGUGUGAGGAGGGCGAGUUCCAGUGCUACAACGGGAAAUGCCUCCGAGAAUCCCUGAAAUGUGACUACGUAGAGCAAUGCGAUUACGGUGAAGACGAGGACGACACGCUCUGCGACAGAGAGCCGGAGGAGUGUUACGAAUGUUCAGAUGGGUCGGGUUGUAUUCCUUAUUACUGGAUCUGUGAUGGAGAGGGCGACUGUGCCAGUUCUGAAGACGAAAUAGAUUGUGACGUAUCCGACGAUUUAUGUGAAGAAGGUUACUCGGUGUGUCCCAACCGAUCCUGCAUCGCGAAUGAAUACGUGUGUAACGGUAUUCUUGAUUGCCCAGGAGGCGUAGACGAGUCCAAUUGUACUGAUGCACCAGACCCAUGUGCAUCCGUCUCAGCCUCGGACUACUUCGUGUGCGACGGCAAAGACGAUUGCCCCGGAGGAUCCGAUGAAUCUAACUGCUCUUGUGGAAUUAGACCCAUGGCUCAGUCCAGGAUCCUAGGUGGUCAGGAUGCGGGCAAGGGAAACUGGCCCAUGCAGAUCCUUCUUAGCAGGGAUAAUACCUCGGCCAAUCUAAUAUGUGGAGGUACUAUCCUCAACCGCCGUUGGAUUCUGACUGCCGCUCAUUGUGUGACACCAUAUUCGGUAGGCAGAGUCUACGUCGUCGCCGGGGUGACCGACAGGGAAGAGGAAGACAGAUCUACCUGGCAGUUUAGCCUUAUCAACGACGUCGUAUGGAAUCCCAAGUUCGGCUUCGGCGAUUACUUUGUCUUUGAUGACAAUGCCCUGCUGCACCUCGAAACACCACUCGAGUUCAACGACUACGUGCAGCCGGCGUGUUUACCCAACGCUACCUUCCCUCUGGACCCCGGAACCUUCGUCACCGCAGUUGGAUGGGGGCAAACAGGAGGAGGAUACUACGCAACUGUUCUCCAAGUGGCUCGUCUACCGGUGUGGCCAAACGCAAUAUGUGACAGAUAUCAUUACAUGUCGGCCGACGAGGUUGAGAGAGUAAUCUGCACAGGUUACGAGAGGGGCGGCCAUGGCUUAUGCUAUGGUGAUUCUGGAGGUGCAAUACUUGCCGAAUGGAACAGCCGCUGGUACGUAGUGGGAUCUGUCUCCGGUGGGAUUGAAUGCGGAGCGCCGCUCGUGCCCGGGAUAGUAAUGAGGAAUCAGUAUUACCGACAAUUCUUCCUCGACGUCAUAAACAACGUGUAUUAAAGAAAAGAUCACCCGGUAGCUACUUUCUUAACUGAAAUAUCUUUGAUUUGAUUUGACAGAGUUUAAAUAUCUCCCGGUAGCUUACUUUCUAGGGGAGACAUCUUUACUUUAAUUUGAUUUGAUUUCACUUGGUUAAUCGAUACAUAAUGUAAAAUAAUACAUAUUUCACCCAGUAGACCAUUUUUUUUUAGCUGAAAUACAUUUUAUUGAUUUUACAGGUGUUUUUCAAAAUAGAUCUCCUGGUAGCUUAAUUUUUAGGGGAGAAAUCUUUAGUUUAAUUUCAUUUGAUUUCAAAUGGUUUAUCGAUACAAAAUAUGACACAAAGAAUAGACCACCAGUAGCUAGUAUCCUAGCGAAAUGUAAUUGAUUUGAUUUGAUUUAUUCAAAUUUAAGUUAAAGUUUAAUUCAAAGUUUAGUCAAUAUAAAAUUCACCACAGCUAAUAUCUGAAAUUUAGAUUAUGAUCUUUGUUUAUAACAUUCAAUGGUAUCGAAAUAUACACAGUAAACGAAACUGUAUAAUAAUGAUAGACAAUCAACAUAAUUGUUUGUGUACUUGAUAUUGGUGGUGAUUUCUUUGUUUAGUGAUAACGAUUAUACAAUGUAUUCGACAAAAUAAUCUAUUUGGACGAUUCGUCUACUUAUUUCGAUGUGGACUUACAAUGUAUCUUAUACUUGUAUUACGUCCUAAAGGAUGGAACUUUAACGUUUGAUAUACCGGUAUAAUAUUCUUGGUUUUACUUUAGAAUUUCCGCAAACUGGAUUUGUGUACAUUUUGAUAUAACAAUCAUACAGAAUAAAACGGUGAGUCCAAGGUAUUUGUUCAUUUUUGCUGUCCUAUCUUCGCCAUUGAAACUGAACAAAAUUGGAAGACAUUGAAAGUGACAUUUUCUUUGCAAACUCGAGUAGGGCUAUUGGCUGGAUAUACAUAUGAUAAAGGCAUGUCACGUAUAUGGGGAAAAUACCCUGGACUUGCCAAUAAAUAAACAUUCAUGUAUGAAUUGUACUUAUUUUGAUGUAAGCUAUUAAGUUUUUUGUCAAUUGCUAAAUGUUUGUGUGCAUAUUGGUGUACUGGUAAUGUACUAUUAUUUUAUAAGAUAGGGAUAGGGAUAGGGAAACUAUUUGUGUAUAUAAAUGGUCUAUUUCUGUCCUGUUUCUGGAGGGAGAAAAAACACAAUGUACCGAAAAUUUGAUGGUUUUGCCCCCCCCCCUUCCCAUCUGAGACUGAAUUGGAAUUUACAGCACUACCUGCUUUUCCCUCCAUUUAAAAACUGUAUAACAAUAACGAAAAAUGAGAAGCGGAUGCAAGCCUCAGGGCCGUAUCCAGAGUUUGAUGUUGGGGGGGGGGGCACUUGGAAAUUGUUUAGGGGCAC